UGGCAAGAUGCAUUUCCUGUUCCCCCUCUUUCUGGCCUUCCUUCAAUCUGCUGGUGUGAGAGCUGGGGAGAUCAUUGGAGGCCGGGAGGCAAAGCCCCAUUCCCGGCCAUACAUGGCAAAUCUGAAGUACUGGGAUGAAAAGGGAAGAGAAUGCCGCUGUGGUGCUUUCCUUGUUCGAGAGGAUUUUUUGCUGACAGCAGCUCACUGCUGGGGAAGUAAAAUGAGCAUCCUUCUGGGAGCACACAACAUCCAGAAGCCAGAAAAGACCCAGCAGCGCAUUCCUGUGCUCAAAACUAUUCCCCACCAACUAUACAACAACCAGACCAUCAAAAAUGACAUUAUGUUGGUGAAGGGGGACUCUGGAGGUCCUCUCGUGUGUGAUAGAGUGGCCCAGGGCAUCGUCUCCUUUGGUUGGAGAAAUGGCAAAAACCCUCGUGUUUAUACUCGGAUCUCCAGCUUUUUACCAUGGAUCAAGAAAACAAUGAACUCUCAUGAGUACUAGGCAUCAGGUGACACCCUGCUCUCAAAACUGGAUUCUUUCUCUCUGGGGACACCGUGCCCUAAAGUGGCCCCUGGAUACA